GUGUAAUGUUAUUUCAACCGAACAUCCCCAUAUAUAUAUUGACCAUUUAACCUAAGCCUGGAGAGAAACCCCUAGAAUUUCAAAAGAAUUUCAACAGAGAGAUUAAACAAUAACGAUGUUAAGGCAAACAGCGAGAAGGUCUCUUUUAGGGAUUUUUUCAUGAAACUCUAAACCAUUCCCUAUUGCUUCUCGAAUGUACCAUCCAAUUGUGAUCGACCAUUUUGAUAAUCCCCGAAACGUUGGAUCAUUCAAUAAGAAUGAUCCUAACGUUGGCACUGAAUUUGUAGGAGCUCCUGCCUGUGGAGAUCUAAUGAAGCUUCAGGUUAAGUUUGAUGGUUCCGGUAAAAUCGUUGAUGCUCGAUUCAAGACCUUUGGUUGAGGCUCCGCCAUUGCCGCUUCCUCCCUUGGUAUCGCGACUGAAUGGGUCAAGGGAAAAUCCAUGGAGGAAGUCUUAACCAUAAAGAACUCGCAAAUCGCAAAGCAUCUAUUUUUGCCACCGGUAAAGCUACAUUGCAGUAUGCUCGCAGAAGACGCCAUCAAAGCAGCAGUUAAAGACUACCAGAAGAAGCAAGCCGAGGCUAAUGGAGAAACCUUUAAGGCCUGAUUACACCAAACUGUAUUUUGGAUCAUGAGAUGAAACUGAGGGAUGUAAUCGAAGAAGAGUUUUCAACUUAUUGUUAUGUUUGGUUGAUCUAGUUUUGAGCUGUACUUGUUAA